AUAUAUCUCCAGAUCCGGUGCAAACAUGUUCUCUCGGCCUCCAACACACCAUCGUCGUGCUACCAAUCAGGGCGGACAACAGCCUUUGGAUCUAACAAGUAAGGACAACUCCAUAGGAUGCAUUCUUGGGGGCGUAUUCGACAGGUUGGGUGCACAUGGAAUGGGUCAUACCUUCUGAGAGACGACGAUGACAAUACCCUUCUAUCGAUAGGAAGUAAUGCCCAUGGUCAACUAGGUUGGGAGUCGCAAGUCGAGGAGAACGGAAUUACUGUCGGGCCUGUCGAAUUUACAUUAUCCCACGAUGGCAAAUUGCCUCCACUGAGGUCCUUUGCUUGUGGCAGCGAACAUGAUCUCUCCCCUCUGGCCCGUCGGACAUAGAAGUUUGGGGGUAGGGGUGGAACGAGCACGGUAACUUUGGGUUGGACCAUAUGGAUGAUGUG